UCUUCACCAUUCAAAUCAACCCUCACAGCAACACAACUCUCUUCCUCUCUCUCCCUCCCUCUCUGAAAUCUGCAGAGUUCAGAGAAGCUGAUACGAAGACGCAGAUUUUCACACAUUGAAAGAAAACACCAGACAUGCCGAGAAAAGGAAUGAGGACCAUCUUCUUCAAGCCAUCUCCCUCCGACUCUGCCGUGAGACCCGCUACAUCGAUGCGCGGCGGCGACCCUUUCGCCGACACGUUAAUGGCGGAGCGAAUUGCGAGCGCGGAGUCCUUGAUUGAAAAGUGGGCGGUCGACUCCGAGCCCUCACCAUCCUCGUCCACCUCCAGAUACGCCGGUGCAGCUUAUCUCUUCCGUGAGGGCCGCCACGAAGCCGAGCUCUACCUCAGCAGUGUCAAGGACCUGCAUUCCGCGAUGCUCCACUGCAUCGGUGAAGACUCGAACUCGGGCGUGAUCACGCGGGCUCAUGAACUGCUGCAGAUUGCAGUGAGACGGCUCUCCAAAGAAUUCCACCAGAUCCUGUCGUCGCAUCUCCCAUAUCCUGACCACGCCGAAUCGGUCUCAAGCCGGUCUUCGCAAACCUCUAACCUUUCUAGCGUCUCGGAUUUUGAAUCUGAGUCGGAGGACGAGUUACCUACGAAGCAGUCCGCUGCUGAGCCAGUAAUGCAGGAAGAGGAGAGAGUUCCUAAUGCAGUGGUUUCCGAUCUAAAGGCCAUUGCGGACUGCAUGAUCGAUUGUGGGUAUGGAAAAGAGUGCAUCGAAGUCUACAAAAUCGUGCGAAAAUCAGUCGUUGACGAGGAACUGUAUCAUCUAGGGUUUGAGAGGCCAAUUGACCCAUGGAAAAUGCAGAAGAUGGAUUGGGAGGUUUUGAAAGUGAAGGUCACGAGCUGGCUGAGCGCUGCGAAGCCAGCGGUCCAGACGCUCUUCUAUGGUGAGAAAAUACUCUGCGACCAGGUGUUCAUUGCUGCUUCCGCCUCGUUCAGGGAGUCCGUCUUCUCCCACGUUGCCCAUGAUGCCGCGCUUGCGCUGUUUGGGUUUGCAGAGGGGGCCGCGAAGGCUAUCAAGAGGUCUCCUGAGAGAAUAUUCCACCUGCUCGACCUCUACCAGGCCGUCGCAAACCUCUGGCCAGACAUCAAUUCCAUCUUCUCCUCCACUGUGACGUCCGCCGUCCGAUCGCAUGCAAUCAAUUCACUGAUCAAGCUUGGUGAGGCGGUCCGCGUGACGCUCGGCAACUUUGAGUCGGCCAUGCAGAAAGACUCCUCCAAGCAGUCAGCAGUCCCCAGUGGUGGCAUCCACCCGCUGACGCGCUACGUCAUGAGCUACCUUGCCUUGCUCGCCGACUAUGGUGGUGUCCUCACAGACAUACUCGCCGACUGGCCCGUCGGUGGCAGCCCCAAGCACCGGGGGUUCCCAGGCUCCUACUUUGCCGGCUGCGACUCCGCCGCCUCCGUCACUGCCGGAGACAGCAAUGCGUCAGCGAUAUUCGCGUGGCUCGUUCUCGUCCUGCUGUGUAAGCUCGACGUGAAGGCCGAGAGGUACAAGGACGUGGCACUCUCUUACCUCUUCCUCGCCAACAACCUCCAGUACGUUGUCGACAAGGUGGCUCGGUCCAACUUGAGGCACCUCCUCGGCGAGCACUGGGUGGAGAAGCACGAGUCGAAGGUGAAGCUCUAUGCGAGCAACUACGAGCGGAUGGGAUGGAGCAAGGUCUUCUCAUUAUUGGCCGAUCUCACCGUCAAGAUAUCUUCCGGCCAGGCGAAGGAAUCGCUGAGGAAGUUCAACGCGGCGCUGGAGGAGGUUCAGGCCAAGCAGGCGGGAUGGACCAUGCCCGACCAGAAGCUGAGGGACGAGAUCGCGUCUUCGCUGGCGGAGAAGCUCGUGCCCGCUUAUCGGCGACUCUACGACAGCUGUCCGAGGGGAGAUUCGGUGGUCAAAUUCGCCCCUGAUGAUUUGGAUAAUUACUUGGCCGGCAUGUUGCGUGCGGCCGGUGCCGGUGGUGGCUCUGCGAGCGUGUGGACCGCGGCGUCUAGGUCGUCCAGUCACUGGCCGUCCCCGGUUGGGCAGGGCAAAGGGGGGUCGUUGAGAAAAGCAAGAGCCGGCCGUGUGUAAUUUUUGCUAGAACAAUAUAUAAAAUAAAAUAAAAAGACCACAAUUUUUCUGUGGAGAAUAUAAAUAAUUCGCAACAUUAUUUGA